UCCCCGCUCACUGUAGUGACGCUCAUGUGUCCACACCUCUCCAUACUCCACUGCGACUUUUAGGACCAAAACAUUUGGGAGACAGGAGCUUCUGCAUGAGAUCCAGCCCUCCUUUACAGCCGGGCAGUACUGUAGCUGCUAUAAGAGCCCUCCCUGUCAUGAAGACCAUCACACUGUGGACCAUCCUAUGAGGAAGCGCCUCAACACAUGUUUGACUUCUGCUGGCUAAGGCUUGCUGCGACUUUUACGCACGGCUUGUCUGCAUGCAGCGGUUUUGUAGUUGUGGCCUGGGACUGUCUUUUCCCUGUGAAAUACUUCCAGCUUGUGAUGGCUUUUACUAUGCUGAGGCCGAUAUCGACGCAUCCUUUUUCUUACCCCGCUGACCUGACCUUGAUGUCGGACGACGAGGAGGGAAACCGCAGCGAGAGCGACGGCAGCACCGACCAGGGCUACGGGUGCUAUGGGACUCCGGAAGGGAGUUACCGUCGGGAGUCCGGCGGUGUGGUGCGGCAGCGGAACGCCGCUAACGCCCGGGAGAGAUACCGGACCCAGAACGUCAACACGGCCUUCACGGCGCUGCGGACGCUCAUCCCCACAGAACCUGUGGACAGAAAACUCUCCAAGAUCGAGACGCUGCGCCUGGCGUCCAGCUAUAUCUCGCACUUAGCCAAUGUGCUGGUGGUCGGUGACGGGACAGAGGACGGCCAGCCCUGCCUCAGUGCUGUCUACAAGGAGCUGAAGGGGAGAGGAGAGGGCAGACAGCCCCGGACUAUCUGCACAUUCUGCCUCAGCAACCAACGGAAAGGGGUGAAAGACAGACGGGACUGUGUGAAAAUGCAUGGAGGCAGUGCGAGACAAAUGAGUCGACGAUGAAAAUAUCUAACUUGGUACAGGAGAAGAUCUCUUCAGAGCAGACGAGCACCGAACAUUUGAAUCUAGAGACAUCUCAUCACCGCAACAGUCUUGUAGGACUGCUCUGACUUUUUGGGAGUUUGGCUCAUUGGUCACUUACCCAGUGUGUCUCCAGCAAGAUACAUUAACUCUCUCCAGUGAAAUACACAGUGUCAAGCAGGGUUGUUGUAAAAAAAGAGGAAAGGCGCUCCAUGACAAACUUGCCAAGCACGUUAGGAGAAGUGCUAAAACAGACAGGUGGUCAAACUCCACACAAUGAAUGAUCUUUCAGAAGCAGAAUACGUCUUUGCCUGCAUCUCAGGGACUGAUGAGACAAACUCCCACAAAAAUAUGCAUCGUUCAUUAAGAUGAGUUCUGGAACCUUAGCUCUCAAACGGACUUGCAGCCUGCAAGAAAACAGCUUUGGGAAUGACUUGUGAGAGAGGACAGAGCAGCUUGUGUGUAAAAGGACAUAUCUGUGGGACACUGUCGCAUCUGCUUUUUCAUUACAUGUUUCAGUCGACUUUAAAAUGAAAUGUAUUUUUACAUAGACACGGUUCUUUUACUCUCUUGUAACAUCAGAUGUAUUUUGAAGUCGUAAAGGUUGCAGGGCUGUUUCGCUACCUUUAAUGGUUUUAUAAUUUUUUUUCAUUAAUGCACUGGAAACAUUUUUGAGCUGUUCUAUUUAUCUUUUAACUAUUGUGCAUUCUUUUUUUGCAAAUUGGACAUAACUCUUUACUGUGUGUGAAAAAAAGAAAAGUGAUCUAAACAUAUAGUUUACAUGGUAUUAUGUAUACACACAAAAAUGUAUAUUCUAAACAACUGAAGUGACUGGGGACUUUUAAAACAUUAAGACGUAACAAACAACAGAUGUGGAUUACACUAGAUGAGCUGAAUGGAGGCAUUUCAUGGGUUUUUGGGGUACUUUUUUAUGUGUUAAAACAAGUUUCCAGGUACUCUGGUUGUUUAGGAGAAUGCAGCAAUGCUGUUUUGAAGUGAAGCUCCAAAAAUGUUUUGUGGAAAUAUGAAAUAUAUGAAAGUUCACCUGACUUUCCAUCGGCAUGGAGGGAGGAGAUAAUGAAUUAAUAUACAUUUUUGGAUGAACUUAUCCUUUAAAAUACUGUAUGAACUAUGUCUAGGUCACUUAUUUUCCACUGUCACAUUGAAGUUAAGCACUGGGUCAACCAAUUUGUUAACAAACAGAAAAACACCAAAUACAAAACAAAAAGCACAGUUUUUGAAACAUCCCGUUUUUGAGAUGUCAAUUUUUGCAUCCAUCCCAAUACAGUGGGUGUCCCCAUUACUCUCUGAUGAAGUAACAGUCCCUACGAAGAGUGCUGACAGCGUGUUCUGUGGAGUAUCCUGAGUUUCUGUAUUGGGUAGAAGCAGAAAUCUUGGAGUCAGCUAUCUAAAAAUGUGAACUGACCCUUUAACAUUGCAAGCUUAGCUUGCAGGUCAGUGAAGUUGCAAACAUGUAGACUAUGCAACUGUACCCAUUCAAAUCAGCAUUUUCCUGAUUAUUUCAAAGGUUAUAACCAAAUGUUCCACAUUCAAAGAGCCCAAAGAAAAAUACCUUAACAUUACUGGCAACUUCUGCCUGUAACUGCUCAGAGAGUGAAAUCUAUACGGGGAUUUCCUCUGAAGGUUUACCUUCUCCAUCUGAAUAAUAGCAAGGAAUCUCAACAGAGGAAGUAAUCAAUCUCUUCCCUCUCUGAAGUCGUUGUAUCCCAGCAGUAUGUGGCCACAGAGAGCUCUGUCAGGGUGGUAGGUCCAGAGUUGCCAGUUAGGAAGGCAUGAAUCAGACUCAACUCUGGGAAAAGGUAAAGGCAAAACAGGAAAGACACAAAUUAAUGUUGUUGGAUCCAUUGUGGUGACUGAUGAUUACUCAUGGGGACCAUCAGGGAGUUUAGCUCAUUACUGGAGCCAUGCCAGUAAGAUCAACCACAGAGAGGUAGAAGCAGAGUUUAAAGUUUGGUGUAGGGGCUGAAAAAUACCUCCUCAAAUAUACAGUUUUAAGUUCACACAUGUGUUUGUUCUCUUGUUAAACAAAUCAAACCCAUCAUCUUGUUUUUUUCUGAAUGCAACUGAAACUAGACUAGAUAAUUAUCUGUUUUCAUGAAUAACACAAUAACAGGGCUGAUCUUUGGCAUGCCGCUGCUCUGGUAGUAAAUCUCCCAGGUUGGGAUCCACAUGUGGUGUUGAUCAGUCACAGCUAAUAUCACCGAGCACCCUGUGACCAGAAAAACACAGCUGCUGAUGAAUUGAUGUUAUAGAUCACAGAAAGAGAGCAGCCUCAGCUAUGUGUGAGAAUCAGUGCACACGCAGACAGAGAGACAUCCAAGUUUAUAUUUGGAUGUACAAAAGCUACAAGUGCUCAGAGGAAAGGCUUAAAGGAUGAAUGCCAGCAGAUUUAGCUGAACAUUCUGCACUGCAUUAGCUUGCAACUAUCACAUGAUGUGGCAAAAAAGUAGACAAGAUAUCCACUAUGAUGGAUUACCUCAUUCUAACAAGUCUGAAGAUGUAGUUAGAGAAGAAGAUUGAUACCAGUCUCACAUCUAUAUGUUACAUUUGAAGUUACAGCCAGGAGGUGAUUAGCUUAGCAUGGUGCAAAGACUGGAAGAGGUAAACAGCAAGCCCAGUGCCAUCCGAAACUAACAUAAUCCAUCUGCCAACACCUAUAAAGGAGUACAAAAACCAGAGUGUAAAACAGACACAUUUUUAAUUUAUGUGGAUGUCUAUUUAUAGGCCCUCUAAUACUUCCAGUUUCCAGUCUUUUUGCUAAUCCAACUGCUGCUGGCUCUGGUGUUAUCUGCGAGUUUCCCUGGGAAGUUACUGGGGAAACGAUUACGUGUCAAUAGCAAUUUCUGAAGAGGACACCAAAGAUGCCAGCAAAAUGACUGUCAUUCUAAAUGCAUCUAAAGAUAACGCUGAUUAUGCCUACUAUUAAACUAUGCUGGAUAAGGAAAGGUAAAUAACAUCAGUGUUGUACCUGCAUGUUAAAAGCCGUGGCUGCUUCAUACCAAUACUUUAAUCAUGUUGACACACGAUAUAACUGUGAGGUAACAGGCAGAACAAAUGCAGUCAUAACUGCAAAUGUGUUUUGUUCUAUUAAGGUAGUAUAUAAAAAAGUUUAAAAAAAUGUCUUUCAGCCCAGCCGCCAAGAUAAAAUCUUCUCAUCUCAUCUCAUCUCAGAUGAGUAUUGUUUACAUUUUGACAAUGUGUCAUGCUUUAUCAUGGUCACAGUACAUGCUAAUUAACUGACUUUCAUGCUGAUCGGUGGAGGAGAUGGUGGACCUUUUCUGACGAGACACCACAUUCCAAACUUGUACACGUGACACCACUGGAUAUUCUAAGGGGACCAUGGGACAUUUUCCACCACAUUUUGUUAGAAGUCAGGUCAUCUGCAGCUGUGAUUAUGGCCACAAGACGGGUUGUUUUUAAUAAGAUCUCGGAAGGUCUGCAGCGGUUUGUGGCAACCAAAACAGGUAGCUCUUUUAAACCAACACACCAUAUUUUCCUCACAUGAAGCAUUUAUUUGUGCUUAAACCUAACCAGAGCAGAAGCACAUAGUUUAGAAAAAACAAAAAUAGCAUCUUUUGUUUUCUUUCGUCUUAUGAGUGUGGAGGUGCAGGUUGAUUGGCAGUGGACCCAAUCAGUGUGAGGCACAAGCAGUCCAUAAAGUUGCUUAUAUAGAUAUUCAUAAAUUAAUGAUAGAGUGGAGAAUGGCAUGUGACAA